CCAUAACUCUCCUUUCCUUGACAAUGGCAUAUUCUCUUCCAUGGGUUCCUCCUUCCUUCUCUCUUCUCUGUAUACUCACCCUAUUCUUCUGAUUUAGAAACUUGAGAGAGAAAGAAAGAGAUCAUCAUCAUCAUCAUCAUCAUUCUUUCAAGACUAAUGGCUUCUGCAACUACUACACCCACUUUCACUUUUCACCUCUCAACUUCUCUCAAGCUAAAAUCAAAACCCAAUGUCACAUUCCCUCACCAAUACCCAAAAACCCAUUCAAUUUCAACCAUCAAAAACCUCCCAAACCUCCGAUUCAUCACUCUAUCACUCGACGUUUCCAAAGAAGACAAACCCACAUCAGAACAGCCCGAUUCAUCGCCAACACCAACACCCAUCUCCGAAGAAUUCGAACAAUCGGAGCUAGAAAACUUCGAUCAGCGCCGCCUUGAGGAGAAAUUCGCUGUCCUAAACACCGGAAUCUACGAGUGUAGGUCAUGUGGAUACAGGUACAAUGAGGCGGCAGGAGACCCCAGCUACCCAAUUCCACCAGGGAUGCAGUUCGAGAAGAUGCCGGACGAUUGGCGGUGUCCGACUUGUGGGGCGGCUAAGAGCUUCUUUCAGAGCAAGAGUGUGGAGAUUGCUGGGUUUGCUCAGAAUCAGCAGUUUGGACUUGGUGGUAAUACUCUUACUUCUGGUCAAAAAGCUGUUGUUAUUUAUGGUAGUCUGUUCUUGGGGUUUCUGUUUUUCUUGUCUGGUUAUUUUCUUCAAUAGUGUAACUUACUGAUCAGGAUUCCGAUGGUAUAGAGAUUGUUUAAGGUACAAUUGUUCAUAUCAUUGGCUAAGAUUCAAGGAUUUUUAUAAUUGUACCCAUAGAAGAUAUCAUGAAUAUAUUUGUUUAGCUA